CUCUCUCCUACAGAGUCCAUCACAAUUACAUGCACAUGGCCAAUUAUAUAAAUGACUUGACUUUUAGACAGCCAACAGCUACUUCCCUUACUGAGGAGUUGGGAGACCUGCGGAAGGCAGUAAGACGCAACACAGCGGUCAGUCCGCCGGAAAUUCACACGAAGAAGAAGAAUUUGGGAGUCAGUCUGAAAACAGCCUACUGGUCGCUGGCUGGAGAUUUUACGUUUAUCCUGAAGGAAAGUACCUUGCUUCGUGGUGAAUGAGCAGAUCUCUUGGGACGGUUUAAUUCCUCCGGCUUAGGGGUGUUUUAAAACUAGCAGUAUGUUCGGGAAGAAGAAGAGGGCUCCAUUGCCAAAGGGCCAGGGCGCAGCUGCAGCCAAACAGAUGGGUUUGUUUUUGGACUUCAACCCAGAGGAGAUGACUCAGGACAUGGAUGAUCCGACUGUGGAUGAUGCUGAUCUAGAGGCCGAGUUAUCAGCGCUCACUGGGGGAAAGCCUACCGCAGGGAGGCUAAAGCAGAAAGCCCCCUUACCUAUGGAGAAUAUAGCCAGAAUGGCAGAGGAGUGUAUGAAGGAGAUAUACCAUGAUGAUGAGGAUGAUGACGACCUGGAAGAUGAUGAAGAUUUACUGGCUGAGCUGCAGGAAGUAGUGGCCGAUGAGGAAACGGAGGAUGAUGUGACCCCCACCUCCCCGGAAGAGACGCCACGAUCACCACCACAGCAAAAACAGGUCAGCAGGGCUCCUCCCGCAGUACCAGGCAGUCUGCAGCACACCUUAGAGGAGAGACUGACCAUGUACCGGACAGCUGAAGCCAGCGCCAAGGCCUCAGGGGAGUCCUCUAAAGCACGGAGAUACAACCGAGGGCUCCAGACCCUGGAGUCCAUGCUGGUCUCAUUGAAGAAGGGGAGGAAGGUGGAUGAGGCUGAUAUCCCCCCACCUGUAGCCGGUGGAGCCCCCACCUCCACCGCCCCGCCCCCACGACGUGCUCCUCCCCCUCGACCCUCUGUUCCUGAACCGACACCUCCAGACCAGCAGGGGGAGCCAGAGGCUGCUGCUCCUGCUGAGUUGUUACCCGUCUCCCCUGAGGCAGUAUCACCCAGCAGUGAGGAGGAGCUGUCAUCUACCGCCACCCUGGCCACUGUCGGCAGCACGGAGGAGGAGGAGGAGACUGGGCAGGCCAGCACAGAUGAGCCCACAGUAGGCGACGCCACCAAGGCGAUGCUGUUAGGCAGACAGAGAGAGUAUAAGGUGGCAGCUCUGAAAGCCAAGCAGCAAGGAGACAUGGAACAAGUCAAGCUCUACUUCAGGACCAGCAAGAGGUUCGACGCGGUGAUCGAAGCGUUGGAUAAGGGCCUGGAGGUAGACCUGAGUUGCCUGCCACCCUCACUAUCCUCGGGGGUCAUCUCGGCCUUGUCUGGCCCAGAAAAAGAGACUGGUCCUGGACAGACCUCGAGCCCCAAUCCCCCUGCCUCCACACCUCCAGCCCCCUCCGCUGCCCCUGCCCAGCCUAAAGACGUGCUGGAGGCCCUGGAGCAGCGGAGAAACCGGUAUCAGGAGGCCUGCGCCCAGGCCAAAGCCAGCGGGGACGACCGCAAGGCCCGCAUGCACGAGCGCAUCGCCAAGCAAUACCAGAGUGCCAUCCGCGCCCACAAAGCAGGACGUGCUGUCAACUAUGACGAGCUGCCUGUCCCUCCAGGGUUUCAUCCAAUCCCUGGCCAAGAAGGGGCUGGACCUGAGCAGGGAUUCGCUGCCGUGCUGGAGGCAGCCAAUAAACUGGCAUCUGAGGAAACCACAGCGACAGGAGAGAAUGAGGAGAGCAAGCCUCCUGUCCCUGAGAAGCCAAAGAAGCCCACGUUGGCUGUUCCUCCGACGACCCAGAGGCCCAAGAGGAGCGCCUCUCCCUCCGCAGACAGGACCCACCAGAGAGAGGGCCUGUCCUCUACAGCGUUGCAGCAGUUGGACUUUGUGGAGGGGCGCAGGCAGCUGUACAUGAAGGCAGCGCUGCAGGCCAAACAGAAGAAUGACAUGGACACAGCCAGAACCCUGCUCCGUACCGCCAAGGGACUGGAUCCACUCAUAGAGGCCGUCAAGGCGGGCAAACACGUCGACAUCAGCAAGGUGCCGUCGCCCCCUGGUGACGAGGAUGAGGACUUCAUCCUGGUUCAUCACAGUGACGUCCAGAUCUCGGAGAAGGCGGGGGAGGUCUACACUCAACUGGCCAAGAUACUGAAGGAACAGUACGAGAAGUGCAUGACUUACUCCAAGCAGUUCACUCAUCUGGGUAACAUCACUGAGACCACCAAGUUUGAGAAGAUGGCAGAGAGCUGUAAGACGAGUCUGGAGAUGUUGAAGCUGUCCCAGUCUAAGGGACUGGACCCUCCUAAACAUCACUUUGAGGAGAGGACAUACCACACCGUCAGGAUCUUCCCAGAGCUCAGUAGUACAGAGAUGGUGGUGGUGGUAGUGAGAGGGAUGAACCUGCCUGCUCCUUCAGGUGUAGCUACCAAUGACCUGGAUGCCUAUGUGAAGUUUGACUUCCCCUACCCCAGUACGGAGCAACCCCAGAAACACAGAACUGCUGUUAUCAAGAACACUAACUCCCCAGAGUUCAACCAGAGCUUCACUCUGAACAUCAACCGGAACCACAGAGGCUUCAGGAGAGCGGUCCAAUCUAAAGGACUCAAACUGGAACUGCUGCACAAAGGGGGUUUCCUGCGGAGCGACAAGCCUAUAGGGACGGCCCACAUCAAACUGGAGAAACUGGAGACCGAGAGUGAAGUACGAGAGAUAGUGGAGGUGAUAGAUGGUCGUAAGCCUACAGGAGGACGUGUGGAGGUCAAGGUUCGCCUGAGAGAGCCUCUGAGUGGACAGGACCUUCAGACAACCACAGAACGCUGGUUAGUCCUGGACCAGUCACAGGUUCUUCUCUAACUGCUGCUUAGCUGGGAGUACUAGGAAGACUUUUAAAAAGAUGGAACACUCCCAUUGUCCUCUGAUGAUGAUGAUGAUGAUGAUGGAUGACGAUGUCGUGGCUGGCCUGUUUAUAGUCUUCCAGGGUUCUGGCGGUCCGACACAGUCAACACGGGUCUUUAGCUUGUAAACGUUUUGCACACUGAGAGACGGAGCUUCUUUUCACUCUAGGGGGAAUGGGCUCCAUGUAUAACCUUAAGUUAACAUUUGGCCGGGAUUCAAUCCAAGGCGCGCUGCACUUGACUUAUACAGGUCAUUAUUUUACACUUGUGCCGAUUUGAAUCCCAGCCCGAGUUCAUUACCAUGCUGAUUUAAAAGACAGCUACCUAGUUAGUUUCUGUAAUAUAUUAUCCACCUAUGCACUAACACUACCAAAGUAAUCACUGUUGCUGUACGAUGCUGCAUAUUUGAAUUGCCUUGAUUAGCUGCCAUACUGUUCAUGAUUACAGUAAUAAUGUGCGACAGAACUUGCAUCUCUCAAAUGUAAUUAUUCGCUACGUUGUUGGUUGUUGUUCCCAGGAUUUUUUUAUUUUUAUUUUUUUAAAAUUUUUUUUCACUGGAACCAGGAUUCAAUCCAGAUUAGAUCCCCGGUAUCGCCGCUUUACAUUUUUAAAGGUAAUUUCCUAUUGAGCAGACAUCUGCAGCGUUCACCUUGAAUGCGAUCUCAGCGAACGUGGGAACAUUGCCUUUUUAAAAGCUGCAUUGUGGACUAGAGCGUAGGGGUUGAAUCCCGGCCCUAAUGGCAGAACGGGAGAAUCCUCACGGGUUGAAUCCCGGCCCUAAUGGCAGAACGGGAGAAUCCUCACGGGUUGAAUCCCGGCCCUAAUGGCAGAACGGGAGAAUCCUCACGCGCGCACACAGAUGUCUUGGCUACCACCGUUACUGAACAUUCAAAGGCAAUUGGUCAACUGACAUAAGCAUUGUCAUAGGUACUCUAUAAAGGUUAUCAGGCUACAUAGCUCUUCUGACUGUGGCACUUUGAGCUGGAUAAUAUAGAUCUGUGUCUGAAGUGACCCACUAUUCCCUUUGGGCCCUGGUCAAAACUAGUGCACUAAAUUCCCUUUGGGCCCUGGUCAAAACUAGUGCACUAAAUUCCCUUUGGGCCCUGGUCAGAACUAGUGCACUAAAUGGGGAAUAGAGGGUUAUUUGGGAUGCAGAUAAUGUCUGAUUUUGUUAUCUCACUGUUAUGUGAUAUGAUGUGUGGUUGAUGCUUAACUGCAUGUUGUUUGAGAAAGAUGUCACUUAUCUUGUGGUGGUGGUUGGGAUUGUUCCGGUCAUUUCUCUUUGUGUUGAAGAGACUCAUAAGUUUUACACUUUAUAGCUGUGAAACUUUGGUACACAUAGGAAUUAUAUCAUCCGUGAGUUGGGUUCAGCUGAGCUUUUUGCCAAGGACAUUUUUUUUAUGUCUGUGUGCAAAUUUAAAGUAGUAUUUUAUGAAAAUAGGUAAUUUAAAAUGCUUAACAGCAAAGCCAUUAUGGUUACAGGGCGGGUUUCCUGGACACGGAUUAAGCCUAUACUGGACUAAGAAGCUUUUCAAUGGAGACUCUUCAUUGAACAUCAUUAUUUUGGUCCAGGGCAGUCUGUGUUCGGGAAACUGGCCCACAGUCUGAGCCAAUUAUAUCCCCCCCAUUCCCUACUGAUAGCCUAUUAUAUCCCACUAUAACUUUACAAUGUUGCUUGUGUCAGAAUAUUUCAAACUGAUGACUUAUAAUACAGUGCAUCAAUGUGGUCCUGUCAUUUCCAAAUAAAUAUUUUCAAUAAUUAUA